AUGAGGCAAGAUGGGAGAGACGAAGGGUUUAUGGAGGAAGAGGACCCGCUGUGCCCGCCAAUCUUCUUCACUGCAGCGGAGGAGAGAAAAUUCUGCCGAGCAUAUAGGUCGGCACUAGUGGUGAAAGUCCUGGGGAAAUCAGUGUCGUACACGGGCAUAUCCAACAGGCUGAACGUUAUAUGGGCGAAAGCCGGAGGGAUCCAAGUAGCAUCGAUCAAAAAUGGGUACUACCUUGUACGGUUUACAAGCGGCAUAGAUUAUGAGCGUGCAACAACGGGGGGACCAUGGAUGAUUGGCGAGAACUAUCUUACGGUUCACAUGUGGGACAAGGAUUUUAACCCUUACAACCAUGAGAUCUCAUCGACGUUGGUGUGGGCUCGACUACUUGACUUGCCUGUCCAUUAUUUUCACCCGGAUGCUGUGAUGAAAAUUGCGCAACGCAUUGGGAAGUCGUUACUGGUGGACCAUGCAACGAGCACGGGUGCUAGAUUGGAUUAUGCGCGCAUAUGCGUUCAAGUGGACCUGCAGAAACCUCUCCUGUCACAAUUCAGGAUACACGGAAUUAAAUAUUUCAUUCAAUAUGAGGGUUUGGAUAAUAUAUGCUUACAAUGUGGAACUUACUCGGCCAAAGGCUACUGUGCCUGCUCUCCGCCGAUGAAGAUGGACCAAGAAAAAGAGAAGGCGACGGAACCGCCGGCGACAAAUGACCCAACCGAAGGUCAACCACCCCAAAGCCCUCUAGAGAAGGAACAAGUGUACGGGGAAUGGAUGAUCGCGAAGAGAAGAACGAAGACGCCCAAGGACAUACAACAGGGGAGAGCCGAAAAGAAUGGUCAACGUGGAGCCGAGCACACAACUAGUGGUAAGAGGGGCUCUCGUUUCUCCGUGUUAAGCGAAGAGGAAGAUGUUGUAACGCCAAAGGGAGUGAGUACUACUGUUGGGAUACAAUCGAACGGAAACUCCAAAGAUGAGUCUUCGAGGAAGCAGAACCAAAACACCAAAUGGCAAGAAAAAAAGAGGGGAAACGAUCAGGGAAAGAGCAUGUGA